AAUAGUACUGCGCGAAGUUCGAAAAUCACUUCCGCUAUACAUAAUACAGUUGUUUACAUUUUGUUUUUGAUGUAAAUGAAAAUGCCGCCAUCAAAGGUGAAGGAAUCUAUUCAAGAAAAUCAACAUAUUCAAGUUGCCGUGAGGCUAAGGCCUAUAAACAGUGCAGAGAGAAAACAGGGUUCCUAUUCUGUUGUGGAAGCAAACUCUGAAAAAAAGGAGGUGAAUGUAAAGGAAAGAUUGGGCAUCAACCCAACAACGAAAACCUUUAACUAUGACCAUGUCUUCACCCAAGAUGUCAAACAGACGGAUGUCUACAAGAGCAUUGUCAGUCCCAUCAUUAAAGAGGUCCUUGAUGGCUACAACUGCACCAUUUUUGCGUAUGGACAGACUGGGACAGGCAAGACAUUUACAAUGGAGGGUGAGAGGUCACCAGAUCCCAACCUUACAUGGGAGAAUGACCCACUGACCGGCAUCAUACCCCGCUCACUGGCAAACAUAUUUGAUCAACUCCAGUCACAGGAGGUGGAGUUCUCUGUGCGUGUCUCGUUCCUGGAGCUGUACAAUGAGGAGUUGUUUGACCUGCUGGGAUCCUCAGUGGACCCGCUACGGCUCAAGAUCUACGAGGACAGCACUAGAAAGGGCUCUGUGAUCAUCCAAGGUCUGGAAGAGAUCAUUGUGAAGAGCAAGGACGAGGUGUACGAGAUACUGGAGAGGGGCGCCUCUAGGAGACAGACUGCUGCCACCCUGCUCAAUGCUUUCUCAAGUCGCUCCCACUCUGUGUUCACAGUCACCAUACACACCAAGGAGAAUACCAUGGAGGGAGAAGAGCUCUUGAAAACUGGCAAAUUACACUUGGUUGAUUUGGCCGGUUCCGAGAACAUUGGUCGGUCUGGUGCGGUUGACAAGCGAGCGCGUGAGGCGGGCAACAUCAAUCAGAGUCUUCUAACCCUGGGAAGGGUGAUCACGGCCCUGGUGGAACACGCACCCCACAUACCUUACAGAGAGAGUAAGUUGACAAGGAUUCUCCAGGAUUCCCUUGGUGGGAGGACAAAGACCUCCAUCAUCGCUACUAUAUCUCCUGCCUCAGUCAAUCUCGAGGAGACAUUGAGCACAUUGGACUAUGCAUACAGAGCCAAGAACAUCACCAACAGACCGGAGGUGAAUCAGAAGCUUACCAAGAGGACGCUUAUCAAGGAGUAUACAGAGGAGAUUGACAAGCUUCGUCGAGACCUGCAGGCAGCCAGGGAGAAGAAUGGCUUCUUUAUAGCAGAGGAAAAUUACAAUGCCAUGCAGAUCAAACUGACUACUCAAGAUGAUGAAAUAGCUGAGCUGACUACCCGCAUAGAAGUGAUGACAGAGGAAUUGCACAAGAUCACAGAGCUGUUCUCAGACACCAAAGACAAACUGGAGGAGACCUCAGAGAAGCUGACGCACACGCAGGACAGGCUGGUGAGGACCAGGACGACCUUGAAGGACACCAAGGUCACGCUGAAGGUCACAGAGCUAGAGCUGGACGGUCACAGACACCUUGCGAAGGAGUUGACACAGUCGGAGGGAGACCUCUUUGAUACAGCUAGCUCAUUGCUGCAGACGGUGGACCGUGCCACGUCAGACGUUAGCGGCCUGCACGACAAGGUGGCCCGACUCAAGAGUGUGGAGGCCCACAACAAGGUCACCUUGACCCAGUAUGAGGAGACCUACACCAGUAGUGUGGUCGACAUGGAGACCUACUUGCGCCAGUAUGCAGAGGAGCAGGCACGGACAUACGCGCAACACACCGACCACAUUGCCAGUAAGAUCACGCGGAACAAGGACCACGUGGCACGUCUGACGGACCAGAUGAGAGAGCUGCAGUCUUGUCUGCGUGACCAUGUGUCGGCCGUCACGCAGAGUGCAGUCGACGGCUGUGAGCAGAACACAGCCUGGGUGGAAAGCGUCAGCAUCGGGGCACAACAGCUUCAGGAAGGGGAGAAUUCCCGCCACAAGGAUAUAGAGAGGGUACUGGCUGAUAAGCUGCAGGGUGCAAUGUCAGAGAUGGCAGCUAUUGGGGCGUCCCUGGGACAGAUCAUGCAGAUUUUGGAGAGCCAGAGGGAGGCUGAGGAGGUGCGACAGCAUGCGUGGGCUGAGAGGCUAACACAGAGCCUGUGUCAUCUUGUCUCCAGCGUGCAGGAGCACACCCGCCAACAGGGGCAGCUGAUCGGGGACCUGCAUGUCACCAUAGAAACACUAACUCAAGCGUACAACAGCAGGCAUAAGUGUAUACAAGAUAGGCUACAGGAGCUGGUGCAGAUGACCACAGACAACCAGGCAGUCGUCUCACAAAUCUCACAACAGUCGGUGAGUGUAACCAGUCACAUGAGAAACGAGAUAAAGGGUCACCUGGCUGGCAUGCAGCAGUUAAGGGACACGGUCGAGGCAGAGAACCAGACGGAGGUGGCUGAUAUAGUGCAGCUAAAGACAAACCACUGCACAGCCACUAGUGGGCACAUACAGCAGGUCCAGACCACAUCGAAGAAUGCCCACGCCCUGUGCAGCGCAGUGCACUCGGAUGUCCAGGAGAGGGUUUCCAAGUCCAGGGCAGCCCUGGAGAAGUAUUCACAGGAAACAGCCACCACCUGCACCCAGCAGAUCACCACCUUCAACACACAGCUAAACACGCACCAUUCAAAGACAGAUGCACUGGAGACGUCCAUGCAGCUGCAGUGUGACCGGCUUGUGGACACCCUUGACAAACAGGGGGCGGCCUUCGACGAGGAGGUGGACCGGGAGAAGACAACUGUGUCCAGCCUGCGCGACCGCACCCUGGGGUUCUCCAGCGACCUCCUGGCCAGGCUCGAGGAUAACAAGGAGCAGAUGAGGCGCUACAUCAGGCAGGAGAUAAGCGAGGAUAAGCCCACUGGACUGACGCCAGUGAGAAGUGACUACCCGCACAAGCGUAACAUCCGCCGUAUCAGCGACCAACAGAAACUGCUCGAGAGGUUCAGAGCAGAGAACCCUGUGAGUGAUAUACAGGAGGAACCAGACUCGGACACAGAGCUGGAGAAUAUGGACACAGCAAAGAAAUGCUCAAUCGUCAUUCAGGGCCCAGACAACGAACAACUGGAUGUGAGUGACAAGAGUGACACGGUCAGUGUUAAGUCUUCCACCUCCGGGUACUCCGAGAUCUCCGGUCUGUCGGCCGUCAGUGGAGUCAGCAAGAGGUCCAACCUCGAGUGCAAAGAGAACGAUCGUCAAGGCCGACCAAUCGGAAACAAAAAACAAAAGAAGAACUUCAUCAAUGUCACGCCACGCAAGACUCGCCUACCCCUGCGUCAGGCCAACGAACAGAAGAUUGAGGAAGAAAGCUAGAGGAUCCUCUGUGUGGGGAUUGUGUUCUUAUUUCAUAUUUUAAUUGUGUUCUUAACUAUAACAUCAGAUUUUUAUGCCCUCCCUUUAUGGGAUGCAUUAAGUAUUGCUAUUGUCCCUGCGUAUGCCGUAUGUAUGUCUGUAAGGCUCGACAUUUGUGUUUUCAAAUCUUCUACUCUUAAAGUAUUGGGUGGAUCUGCUUCAAUUUCAUAGUUGAUUGUGCUUAACAUGAUGAUGAUCGUAAAAAAAGAUUUGGGCUUCAUAAAUCUUGGAAGAAUUUUGGUUCUUUGUUUUUCCACUUUAAAAGAUAUAAUCCAAAAUGUGUGUAUUUUCAUCUCCUUAUAAAAUUAUGGAUUUCUCACUGUAAAUUUUCACUAUAAAUUGUGUACGUGAAGAUAAAGAUUGGAACUUUGUCUGUGAUGAGUUUUGGAAGAAUUAUGACCCUUUCUCUGCAUGUCAACAAGGCAAUAAUUUGUUCCUAAAAUGUUGUAUUUCCAUCUCUACUUUUACUUCUGGUUGAAUGUUUAUCAAACGUUCAAAGUUAAAUGACCAGAAUCUAUAUAUGAUUUUAGAGAAAGGAUUUGGGCCUGCUUGGGGUUUUGGCUGAAUUAUGGCCUUAUUUAUUGUCUUUUUCCACUAUAGAAUAUAAUACAGUCUCAACAUUUUGUGUUUAAACUCCUGAUGAUUUGCUUGGCAGAUUUCCCUACAAUUUUUGCACUGAAUAACCUUAAUAUGUAGAUGAUUGUAAAGAUAGGAAGUUAGGCUUCAAGACGUUUUAGCAGAACUAUGGCUUUUUGUCCAACAUAGAUUAUGCUGUGGAUUUGGGCAUUGGGGCAUUAGUCUUAGUGACACAUUCUUGUGUCUAAGAUAUUUGUAAGUUGAAGUUAAUGAAUCAGUUGGUCAGCCAUGAUUGGAAAACGUGGAUAACUUCAUACAUUGAAUGUUUGCAGAAAUAGGGUGAAAUUGCAGAAGAUUGAAGUUCAUUUCAUUUAAAAACCUAAUAUUUAUGUGACAAUACCUUUCUUCAUAAACAUGCUGUUGUAAGUUAUUAUGUCCCCCACCACUAUAGUGGGGGACAUAUUGUUUUUGCCCUGUCUGUUGGUUUGUUGGUUGGUUUGUUUUGGCAAACUUUAACAUUUGCCAUAACUAUUGCAAUAUUGAAGAUAGCAACUUCAUAUUUGGCAUGCAUGUGUAUCUCAUGGAGCUGCACAUUUUGAGUGGUGAGAAGUUAAGAUCAUCCUUCAAGGUCAAAUAUAUGGGUCAAAAUUGCUCAUUUAAUGUACACUUGCAAUAUUGAAGAUAGCAACUUGAUAUUUGGCAUGCAUGUGUAUCUCAUGGAGCUGCACAUUUUGAGUGGUGAAAGGUCAAGGUCAUUCUUCAAGGUCAAAGGUCAAAUAUAUGGGGACAUAGUGUUUCACAAACACGUCGCUUGUUAUUGAUGUUUCAAUGUCUUAAUGGAAAAACAGGGCUGAUUUUUUUUACCGUACGUGUGUUUUUAUCAGUAAGUUUCUGUAUAUAUUUAUAUGAAUGUACACACAUAUUAUUUUUAUAAUUAAUAUACAUGUUUUUUGGCCGAGAGGGAGUAGUUAAUGUGUAAAUCAUUGCAAAAGCAUGUAUCAAACUCGAAUACUGUUUCAUAGUUAUUGUAUAUCUCUCUUUGACAAAUCAUACUGCAUAAACAAAAGUUUUAACAAAUUGAUAAUGCGUAGUAGACAUUUCGCUGAAUACAUCUUUGGCAGUUUUGUUAUGCAUGGAUGUUGCUUAUGUUUGUAUGGAGUAUAUUGAAAUUGGCAAAUAUUAGCUCAUUGCUUACUUUAACAUGGACUCAUAUUUAUUCGCAGUAUAUUUAUAUGCCCAGAGUAAAUGUAAUUGAACAUGAUGAAUACUGUGUAUUUUUCACUAUAUGUUCUGUAUUUUAUGUUAGAUUAACAUGCAUAGUCUAUUGAAGUUUUCAUCUUCUCUCCUCUAUUACUAUUUGUAUGUCUGUGCUCUAAAGAAUCAGUGGUUGAAGAAAAAUAUUGUCUACCAAUUUCUUUCUCGAAAUAAAAUGUAACACAGUAGUAUGUUUGUAUCGCCUAUUUUUUCAAUAGUACAACAACAAGUAUUUUUGCAAUAAGUAACCAGUAGCACUCUAAAGUUUCAAAUACUUUAUAACCUGUGUUAUGCCAAAAAGGGCCUCAUGCAAUGUGCGACCAGUGUAUUUCCAGACCAGCCUGCGCAUUCACACAGUCUGGUCAGGCGCUACCUUGUGCACUAUGAGACCAUGAAACCUUUUGUCACUUUAUAGUAGACAGGUUUUACCUUGCCUCACAGAUGCAUUAUGAACAGAAAGUGCUUCAGAAUAGUGUACCCUGUACGCAGUCAGAAUAUGAUAACCUUUUUAAAGUGUGGACAGGUAAUUGUAAUCAUCCUCUGGCUGUUUAGUUUUGAACUGAUCGGUGAUGAUUGUAUUAAUUUUUUCUAGACGGACUAUGUUCGUGUGUUUGUCUUCUUCCACUUCCAGCUUUGCCAUUUCCGUGUUGUACUUAGUGAGAGAGGAUCCAAUGGAGUACUUUUCUGACCUAUGUACUUGAUGUUUCGAAGUACUGCUGUGAUGCGAGACAGUUUGUUGGGCGUUGACAAAAAUGACAAUGAAAUAUCCAUGAGCUUCAAAAAAGAAUACAUGAAUUGCAAUAACUAUAGAACGAGCGAAAUUGCUCUCCUGACACAGACAACCCUUUUAACCCUUUGCAUGCUGGGAAUUUGUCGUCUGCUGAAUUUCUAAAAUCAGCAUUUUCUUCGAUUUUUUUCAAAGAAUACUAAAAGAAUAGCAAACAGUUUGGAUCCAGAUGAGACGCCACAGAACGUGGCGUCUCAUCUGGAUCCAAACUGUUUGCAAAGGCCUUCAAAAUUCGGUUCCAGCACUGAUAUAGUUAAUCGAUAAUUUGGAAAAUACCUGUAUUAUUAACAGUCCGGUAGCUUUUGAAAUCUUCACUUUCAAAAGUCUGCGUGGCUCAGUAGAAGUGGUAUUGGAAUAGAGUCCCUGGUUCGAUUCACAAAUAUUGCAAACUUUUUAUUCAAACUUUUUCUUGCCCUGAUAAACUAUUACACAUAUUUUAGUUUAGUCUGUAAAUAUCUUAAAUUCAAUUAAUUAAAAUAUAUGCCAAUUUUCGCUUGUGGAAGUCACGUUUUUAGCGGUUCAAAUAUUUUAUUUAAAGCGCACGCGAGCUUUGCUUUUUAUUUUAAAACAAUCACAUGGUGAUGUUUGCGACUUUGAAUGAAUUACAAUUAAUUGUAUAGUAAUAGCUUGGGAGAAGUUGAAACUUUUCUAGGCAGAGAUCAGUACCUAUCGGAGAUCACACGAAGUUUCAUAUAGGCUACAUUGGUAAUUUCGUCGUCAUUCUUUGUCAUUGGCUUAAUUGGAAAAAUGUAUACUUUUAGAGGCAUUGACUUUCAACAUUCCACAAGUCAAUCACAUUCUUCAUCUUUAAUCUUUAACACAAAUGGAAAUAUACGUUUUAAUAUGAAAAGCAUUAGCAUUGGUAUUUAUGUUCAAUUUUCUGAAAAUAAAUAAAUUUCGCCAG